UGCUCUCAGUCUCAAUCUGUUCAUCUCAGAUGGCAUCUCACUCCACUGUUUUCUCGGUCUCUAUUGGAUAGCCCUGCAGCCUUUUGGUCUCUCUCACUCACCGUGCCUCCAACUGUCAUUGCCUCUGUCUCUUUCUGUGUCUUAUUCUUAUUUCUUAGAUUCAUUUUCAGUGUCUGUGUCUCUAGGUCCCAGUGUGUCUCUAAUUUUCAUUGUCUUAGAAUUAAAUACUCAGCAUCUGUAAGUAUAAUUUAACACUCAGUAUCUGUUUAUCUCCAGUUCUCAGUAGCUGUGUCUCACCUCUGUCUUGGUUCCUCGGUUUACUUCUCAUUGUUUAUCUGGGCAGCACAUAGCCAGGUCUCAGUGGCUAUAAAUCCCUACUGGAAUGUCACGACUACCCUGCUCCCUCAUUAUGCUGUAUCUGUGUGGACUACUGCUCUCAAUAGGUGUCUGGACUUCUCCCUGUCAGGAGACCCUGACGUCUAAGGAUUUCCACACCGUUCUGAGCUGGAGGUGCCCUGAGCUGCCGCCUGAUGUGCUGUACACCGUAGAGAUUCACACACGCAGGCAGGGAAAGGAACCUUGGAAGAACGUGGCUGGCUGUGUGAACAUCUCCUUCUCUUACUGUAAUCUCUCUUCAUCCUUUGCUGACAUUUAUCAGCUCCACUUCACCCGGCUUCGAGCAGUCUGGGCUGGGGGGGGCAGCCAUUGGACGGGGUCCCACCGGGAGUUUUUUCCCUUAAGAGACACAUCGUUCAGCUCCCCCAGGCUCUCUCUGUCUGUGCGGGGGCAGUCAGUGACAGUGAAGGUGCACCUGCCCUGCUCACCCUACAGGAGCCGCCGAUCACAGUGCAAGCUUGUAUCUAAGGUCACACCCCGCCUGCAUAUCAGCGUCACUGUGUACAGAGAGGACCUGCCAUCACACUCACAGGUGGAGACACUGAUAAGUCAUGGAAAAAAUCCAAACCACGUGUUCACUGGGUUGGUUGCAGGACACAGAUACUGCGCUGUGGCCAACCUGUCCUCCAUCUACUCUCACAGCCCCUUGUCCCCUCCACGCUGCUUCUCUGUUCCUGAACACGUCCCAGUGCCGCUGUGGGUGACCCUGACAGUCAUCUUGUCUUUGCUGCAGCUCUUUCUGCUGUUGGCAGGAGGUCUGCUCAUACAUUCCCGAUCCAAGAAGACACACCUGCCCAGGACACUGGAAGCCCUGAAAGAGGACAUGUCAAGGGUGCGGUGUGCGCAGAGCAUGGAGGCUGACGAGCCAUGGGACCACCUCUCCAUCCUUUCACUGCCACCACAGAGCCCCCACCUCACCCAGCCCCUACACUACACCUCCGCCUCCCCCACUGAGGACCACGGUUACCACAGCAACAGCCUCCCCACGAACUCUGUGGAUAAUGAAACAUAUUGGGACAGCAGGACAUCCCUAGGGAUGUGCUGCGGCCCUGGGUACCCCUCUCUGCUACCCCACUGCACACAGGACUUUGACCCGGGAUGGUACAGCCUAGGGUCUGCCUGUGACACACAGGAGGAUUUGGAGUCCCAGUCUUACAGCAGAACUGACCUGGAGGCUGAGCAUCCCCUCCUGCCCACACUGUCCACCCAGGUGGACUGCCAAGCUAGCCCUGCUCAGGACAUUCCUCUGACCUCAGUGAGACUGAGGGUCAGCAAAGGAGAAGACUGGGGAUGUGAGAAGUGGGACCCCCUCUCAUUCCCCCGGCUCAUCCCUCUGUGGGCAGACACAAGCCAGCUAGGUGGGGCUGCCCAUGACAACCAAGGCAUCUGUGACAGUGGAAAGGCAGUACAGAUCUCUGAGCGGUCUGGAGACAAAGACAAUAACACUGGGGCCACUCCUCACAUGCAGACAUGCCCUUCAGCCCAGAGCUGUCAAAAAGCUCUUGAUUCACCCUUCUGUGCCCUUCAUAACCAAGCUCCUGUCUGUGCAAGGACAGUCUGUUCUUCCUCUGGAGGGCCAGGGGAAAGCAGUGGGCUUGGAGACAGCUCUGGGAUUCUGUGGGCAGAUCCUGACUGUGAAUCAGGGAUCGUUCUGGGACCUCUUGGUCUGGAAAGCCUACUUAACUUCCUUCCCAACACUGCUGUCUCUGGGACCACAGACACAGACCAUCAGCCAGUGGAGUGGGUGGAGUGAUGAAGCAAGGCUGAGCUGGAGAGGACAGUUUCACAGGCCAAGGAGCGGACAAUCCAUGCUGAAGUGAAGCAUUACUGUUUUAGCAGCAUUUUAUCUUGUAAAUAAAUUUUAACUGAUGCACUUUUUUAAACGAAGAUUCCACCUACAUACCUUGACUACAAGAAACUGUAAAAAGUUAUUGGGGAAAGCUACAGGUGUAAGGUUGAUGCCCGUCAGGUAGGACUCCACUUUCUCAGAGUCUAUACAUCCCUCCCUACAGUCAGAUCUGCCUUUCUGUGCAAAUUAGUCAAGAAAAAACUUCGCUAUUCCAAUGAAACCGCAUCUGGACGACCCAAUACAAUACAACAUAGAACGUACAGCACUAUUGGAGUGAUGCUGGCAAAACCACAGUAGGUCUUGCUGAAAUGUGAGCAGAGGGACUGGCAGCACUGUGCUGCUUAGUUCUGAGUGUGUAGUUGACAUAUGACAUACUGUAGAACCCGGUUUUUAAUAUACAGAUAUGAGUCUCUGGGCCCCAACCGUCUAUCGAAGGAAGGAUUAGAUGUGUGGUUUUCUUAGAUCCCAUCACCCUCAACUCUGCUCACUAAUACAAUUCAUACAUAUUUUGAUUCAUGGUUUCUGCCCUCAUGCUGUUUUUCCACUCUUCUGGUCUGUCUGGUGUCUUUGACAUUUCAGUCUCAGGGGAAAUUGAAACCAAC